GACUCGUGUUCUUUUGCAACCCUGGUUCUCACUCAGUGGUUGUCGGAGUUUUUGGAUGAAGCAAAUCUCUCUCCCCCCACCUACCCCUCGCCUGCCUGCUUCUCAUUCUAACCUGUCAGUGCUGUUCCCACCUAACUGCCGCAGUUGAGAAAUGGCAACCACUCACCAAGGGCCUGCAGACGCUGCUCAACCGACUCCAGUGUAGUUGUCACUCAUAAUGCUCAUGAUCGUCUGAGGACAAGCUGUCAGGCUGCUCCCUGUUAUUUAAUAUGCACUACUCUUUAUUAGUUAGAUCACCAGGAACAGGUCUGAAAAUAUCCGUUGGAUGAUAGUGAUGAGAAACAAGGCUGUAGAAAUAGUAGAAUAUUUUUAUAAUUACAGUAAAGUGUCAUUUAGUAAGUUGUAAGAGAAAUAGUAUUUGACAUUUUUAACAGAAACAAAAAAUGAAAACUAUAGUUAUGAUGGAAUUAUAAUGAUAAAUAAUAUGAAAAAUAAAAUGAACAAAGAUAUAUAAGAAGUAGUCAACAGUAAAAUUCAUUAAUUUAACUAUAAAAUAGGUGAAUGAAUUUGAAUUCUAUGUUGUUUAAAAAAAGGAGUAACAAAGUUUAGCGCUUAAUGAAAAGAAUAAAAAAAACAUUUGUAAAAUGUAAGGUUAGGUGACUAUUACAAAAAAAAGUUUGUAGUAAUGAUUGCGAUACAUUAUUUGUAUUUUUCAUUCGUGGUCUCAAAUGGCUGAAUGAAGUCAAACAUGGCGUCCUCUUUUCAUCGUAUGACCUUAUAUGUUCUGGUGCAGCUCAGGCACAAACUUAAACACUUGAUGUGUUCUAGGUCCUUCCAUCGGCAGAUGAACCCUUUGGUGCAGCAGGUGGUAACAAGCACAGGCAGCUUCUGUACUCAGCGAAUCAACUAACAGCUCGUGGUAAACAACGCAGGGUUUUGAUUUUCUGCCACUGCGCUGUGCUUCCUGUGAACUAAUCAAAACGGGAAAUGGGCAUUUUGGCUGCAGGGUUUGGAAAUGAGCAUCGCAGCAGGACUCACUUAGGAGACCACCCUGAAGGCCUGCUGAGUUCACAGGAGGCUCAGAGGAGCCAGAAAGCACCUCUCACGUUUCCGCUGCUCCAGUCCUCUGCAGCAGCUCUGAUUGCUGCUCAAACUUUCUCAAACUGCGCUUCAAACUAUCCAAAUAGUUUUGGCGCGUGGGUUUCUAAAGCUGAUCCAUGAUCCUUAUUAUUUGCAGGUGAAUUUCCCACCUGAUCCCGUCUUUGUUUUCUUCAAUGUAUUUUGAUGAACGACUGGCUGCUGAUCCAUCCACUCUCACGCUGAUCUCCCCCCCGACUCUGCUCGCGUGUCCCAUCGGCGAUGCGCUUGCAUGUCAGGCAGCCUGUGCAUGUAUGAGUACUGUACGUGCACGUCACCAUGGCGAUGAUGACCUCCCAUGGCACUGAGACAGAGUGAUCGAGAAUCCAGUCCGUCCUCCUGUGAGUUCUGAGCCGGGUGGACGUGUGCACCAUGCAGUCUCUUGAAAAGCCUUUGCUUCUCAUCGACACCUCGCUGCUGCGUUACACAGAACAUGGCGCUUCACCAGAUGAUUUCCUGAUUAGCAUUAGAGUUGCUCUGCUCUCUGGUGCCGGUGCCGCUCCCUCCCGUCCCCGUCUGUUUGUCCAUGGUGUUAAUAGUUAACCUAAUAAAAGCUGCGGAUGCCGAGUCAACCUCCGCGCUCACCUGAAGCAACAAUGGCUUCUGUGUGAACGACACCACCAGACUCUGAAGCUUUUAAUGUUUGGAACAAAUAUACCACUGUUGCUGAGAAACUCCAGCCCUUCCCAGCUAAGUGGAAGAUCAACAGCGUUUCCACGAACCUGCAGCUGAAGAUGACCUAGUCACGUUUUUUUUCUUCUGGCAGACCAACAGUGGAGAAUCCUGAUUGUCUGCUGCUAAAUUGGUGGAGGCAAGCGUUGCGUGCCUGCUGAGAGCGAGGCAGGAGGAUCAAGUAUCAUAAGUUCAUGGUUGCAACCCCAGGCUGGGGAAGACGGAAAGAGAAGAACACGCCCACAUAUCUGUCACAGAUCAUCAUCCACACUUUCCCGUGCUAGAGUCUGAGCCAAACAAAAGCGAGCUGGAUGCUUUGCUCUCACAGAGGUAACUGGAGGUUAAACUCACAUCUGCUCGCCGUAAUUCAAUCAGUUGUUGAAACAGCCAGCCAGACUCCUCACAUAGUUCCUCUGGUCCUGGAGCCCGGCUGCUCGGCUCAAACUUAGCCAGCUCUGGUUGUUGUAAACAAGGUCGUUACAAGGCAGUCGGGGCUCAACAGCAUCGGACGCGCGGAGCUCACACACUCCCAGGGUAGAGGAGGAAGAGGGAAAAAAGGCAUGAUAAUAAAGCACUUGUUGGCCGGGGUUACUAGAGGGCAACGGCCGUAGCUCUUCUCCAUGUGUGUGAAAGGAAGAGAGGGAGUGAGAGAGAGAGAGGAGGACAGAGCGAGCGAGCGAGACGGGGAUCAUGUGGUUGGAGUGUGCUGCGUCCACUGCUUCACACUGAAACGCAGCAGCUCACCAGAAGGGAUCAUGGGAGAGGAUGAGGACUGCGUGAGCUCGGACUGGGAGUCGGUGCUGGAGCUGGACGAAGCCCUGGCAGGGUGGCUGCUGCAGGGUCCGUCUCCUGGGGAGUGGGGCUGGGAGUGGGGCUGGGCAGCCUCGGACCUGAAGGAGCCAGACUGGGACGCCGAGCAGGUCCCUGCUGUGCUGAGCCCCACGUACAAGCAGCGCAACGAGGACUUUCGGAAACUCUUCAAGCAGCUACCUGACACAGAACGCCUCAUCGUGGACUACUCAUGCGCUCUGCAACGGGACAUCCUGCUGCAGGGACGACUCUACCUCUCGGAGAACUGGAUCUGCUUCUACAGCAACAUCUUUCGCUGGGAAACGCUGCUGACGGUGCGCCUAAAAGACAUCUGCUCCAUGACGAAAGAGAAGACCGCCCGCCUCAUCCCCAACGCCAUCCAGGUCUGCACAGACAACGAGAAGCACUUUUUCACCUCGUUCGGAGCCAGAGACCGGACGUACAUGAUGAUGUUCAGACUGUGGCAGAACGCUCUGCUCGACAAACCGCUUUGCCCCAAAGAACUAUGGCACUUUGUUCAUCAGUGCUACGGCAACGAGCUCGGCCUCACCAGCGACGACGAGGACUACGUUCCCCCCGACGACGACUUCAACACCAUGGGCUUCAGUGAAGAGAUUCCCAACGAAGAGAACGAGAUCAACAACGACAACAUCUCCAAGAGCAGCGCCGAGGCCAAGCCUGACGCCAGCCCACCUCAUCUGCACAAGAAGGUCCAGAACAGCACCAUCGACCGCAAAGGCAACUACGAGCCUCCCAUCACGUUCGAGCUCCAAACGGAAGAAUUUGCCGACUGCCAAACAGACGGCGAGCUGUUAGCCGUGCCGCUGCUGGUGGACGAGAGGAACGAAACCAGCGGGUCUGGUGCUCCCGUUCCCUCGCGCUCACUGGACUUCAACGACAAUGAAGACAUCCCCACGGAGCUGAGCGACUCCUCGGAGACGCACGAUGAAGGAGAAGUCCAGGCUUUCCAUGAGGACCUGAACGGCCGGCAGCACAUCAACGAGGUCUACAAGUUCAGCGUGGACAAGCUGUAUGACCUUCUCUUCACGGAGUCCCAGUUCAUGAGCGACUUCAUGGAGCAGAGACGGUUCUCAGAUGUGGUGUACCAUCCGUGGAAGAAGGAGGAUGCUGGGAACCAGACCAGAGACAUCAUGUACACCAUCUCCCUCACCAACCCCCUGGCCCCCAAGAGUGCCACCGUGACAGAGACGCAGACGCUGUACAAAGCCAGUCAGGAGAGCGAGUGUUACAUCAUCGACGCCGAGGUCAUCACGCACGACGUGCCGUACCAUGAUUACUUCUACACUCUCAACCGCUACAUGCUCACCAGGGUGGCCAAGAACAAGUGUCGUCUACGGGUAUCAACAGAGCUCCGCUUCAGGAAGCAGCCGUGGGGCCUGGUCAAAGGCUUCAUUGAGAAAAACUUCUGGAGUGGGCUGGAGGAGAACUUCCGUCAGCUCGAGUUGGAGUUGUCCAAGUUGGAGGAGAUCCAGUCCGAGUCCCUCCAACUCUCCCCCAAGGCCAAAGUGGUGAAGAACUCGACGGUGCGACGGAAGAAGCGGCCGCUACCUCACCUGCGCAGCCAGCACCUGGACGAGGCCCUCAGUCCGGUUACCACGCCCACAGACGAGGAGGUGAUCCAGCGCAUCAAGCAGGUGGCGGGUUCCACGCAGACCCGGCACCAGGCUCCGGAGCACCAUCACCUGCCGGGGGGCCUGGCACUUUACAGCGUCUCCAAACUGCUGCUCAUCAUCAGCUUCGUUCUGGUGCUGCUGGUGUUCCUCAACAUGAUGCUCUUCUACAAGCUCUGGAUGCUGGAAUACUCGGCCCAGUCUCUGACCACGUGGCAAGGGCUGCGGCUUCAUGAAAGCAAACUUCCGCAAACACAAAUGGAAUGGGCCCAACUGCUGGAGGCACAGCAGCGUUACCAUGACGGCGAGUUGCAGAAGUGGAGGGAGAUUCUCAAGUCAUCCGUCGUGCUGCUGGAUCAGAUGAAAGACUCUUUGCUGAACCUGCAGCGAGGCAUUGGCCUGAGGGACUACAGCUCAGAGCCGGAGGAGAAGAGAAGUCGCUACCACUGACGCGCCCCCUGGAGGCCACAAGGGGAAACUGUGCAAUAUAGAGCUUGAUUGUUUGAGGAUAGAAUGCAAAGAUGCGGCAGGACGGCGGCGGGGACACGUGAGGAGGCGGCACCCAGGGUGGGCGCUCCAUCUGACACCUAGAGCUCCAGCAGCUCCUUCCUGCGCAGACAGGAAGUGAGGUGUCUGCAGUAUCACUGAGGGAUUGUGGGUCAGUUCUCUCCUCCCUUCUAAGUAGUAAGUGCAUCCUCCUGUGGGUGGAUGAAGAGAGAACUACUGCAUGUGUUUAGACGACUUAGCUCCCUCGGUCCGUGUUAUCGUGCUCACUUCCUGUCUGUGUGUCAGAACAAGCAGCGGAGGGCAGGUGCAGUCCACCAAAACAAGCCGGCGCUGGGGUCCAAAUCUAAAUGUCUUUCUACUCUCCCGUGACUGUUCCGGCCCCCGUGGUCCUCGCUGCAGCGUCCCCUUCACCGUGGUCCAACUGCAGUUUCACCUCCGCCCUGUUGUAAGCAGGAGGAUUGCCUUGUUUGCUUGGGAGCGCUCGGCGCCGGGGCGGGUUCCCCGGCCGACCCAGUCUGGCUCCGCAGUGUGAGACUGGUCGAAUGUAUUGGCAGCCCACGUCGACCACACAUAAGGGACCCUGCAGCCAGACCGCACUUCCUACUCCUUUGAUGACUUACCUGUGACUGUAUCACAAAUGUUUCCGGUUAGAAAGAAUAUAUUUGAAAUAUAUAUAACAAUAUUUCACUAUUUAAUAUAUAUAUAUUUCAAAUGACAUAGUAUUUAUUGUUCAUCGAUGUAGAUACGAUCAGAGAUCUGAAGCAGUUGAUUUUUAACUCUCAAAACAAGCGCAUGCCAGAUGUGUCUGCGACAUGUCCAGUGUGCAGCGGCCAUGGUGUUGGCGCACGCGUGCGUGCGCAGGCCAGCGCCUGCGGGUUCCACUCGUUUUACUGUCUGGCUCUCGCAGCCAAAGCGCCUUUUUCAAGGGUUAUGCAUCUGGAUGCUGCCUUGCAUUCCGCCACUCCACUGACAUCUCGUUGUACUGAUCCAAAUAUCUCUCAUGAAAAGAUGUGUCUUGGUUACCAAGGUGUUGGGUCCAGUGAUGGGCCGAUGAGGCUUCAUGAAACACGCUGCUUAUUAUCAGAGCUCAGUAGGUGGCGCUCUUGAUUUAUAAGCGAUGUGAGGUUUCAUUGAAAUGCAUGUUAGAGUCCAAAGAUUUUAGAGCAGAGAGCGCCAUCAAGUGGGUUAAGAAAGUGAGGAGACUGCUUCAUGAGGCCUCAUAAACUAGUGAUGAGGCUUCAUCAAACCAUGUCCUGAUUUUUAGAGCUCAGUAGGUGGCGUUCUUGGUUGAAAAAUGAGGUGAGGCUUCAUUGAAAUGGUUGUUUAAAUUCAAAUACUUGUUGGCACAGACCGCCACCUUGUGGGCUCUGGAAAUGAGGACAAAGCUUCAUGAAGCCUCGUCAUCACUGGCAACAUCCGUUCCAUUCAGUUGUGUCACCGUGGCUCGAACCUCUUGAGCCUUUUGGGGCGCGGGGUGUGGCGGGGGGAGCGCUGACAUGUUCUUCAAGCGCAUGUGAUUUCAAGUGUUUUUUAGAUUGAAGACAGAAAAAGGAGCCAAUACACAGUGAUUCAAAUAUUAAAGUUAAUGGCUGCGGAGUCGCAGUGACGACCAGCCGACGUCUUGCAUUAGGCAUGACAAAGAUUUAUUUGAAGAAUAUAUUUCAAUUAAACAAUAAGAAAAUGCAAGCAAAAAUGAAUUUUCUGUAAAAGAUUUUUUUCUAUGUAUUUGCACCCACUUCUAGUGUUUUUUUCCUCCAAUAUUUGGAGUUGUUCUGUGAUUCCACAGCAGGACCAACACCCUAAAUUCCUCCGUUCGCUCUCACAUUCUGGUUAAAUGGGUCCAAAGCUGUUUGAGUUGUUGAUGGAGAGGCUCAUAUUAACUUCAAUGGAAAAAAUAUCCAUAACUGUUUUUCAUCCUGCACGACUCCCGGCAUCAUUUCAAGUUGGUUAGACGUUUAAAAAACUAAAACAAAAUAAAAAAAGAGAGAAAGCAAAAGGACCAACGUGAUUGCAACGAAAUGAAACCAAAACAAGUGGAUCUUCCAGAGUUUUGACAUGAAGUAUUGAUCAGAUAUUAGUUGUAUUCAAUGUAUUUUUUAAAAAGAAACAAGCGCCGGCGGGCAGCACUUGCUGAGGUUGACACUUCCUGGUGUCCGGAGCGACGAGAAGCUGAAGCACUUUAUGGCCUUUUCAGGGACGGUGCGUUGAGACGAGCAGUCCACUUCCAAACAUUUGCUUCUUCAAUCUCAGUUUUGUCUGAAGGCAGCGAGUGAGUGAGGGGUGAAGGUGUGUGUGGUGAGGUGCCUGUAUCUGCUGCAGGCUGCACCUGCUGUGGCUUGGGAAGAAGGCGCCGCGUCGUGACGAAUGUGAGCUGCUGGAAAUGUUUUCUGUUUUAUAGAAAUCACUUUCACCCACUUGAAGACGAGAUUGUCGAGUCAUGAAAACGUGAUUACUGUUGCUUUACCUGCUCAAUAUUCAAAUCAUUCAAGUUUGAUUGACGUAUUUUUUUAUUAUUAUUCAAGCGUUGUUCGGCCUGGAAAAGAUGAGGGAUUUGAAAAGUUGGUAGGAAUGAACCAUUCUGCCACCGAUUUAUACCUAUAUAGAGAAUGACCAGACAUUUCAGCUGCUCACACGGAUGAUGGAACCAGUCAAGUUCCUUUGUAUCACACUGACUCAUGUGCGGGUGUUUUUCUGUUCCACUCUGUUUUUGUUUUUUUUUUAGAAAAUAUUUUGAUCUCUAGAGAUUUUCAGUUGAUUUAUACAAGAUAACUAUACAGUAGGUACAUGUUGCCUGCGCUGCGCGUAGGUCGACACUCGCCGAUGACUUUGCCUCAUAGAACGAAGAUCAAAGUGGCUUUCUGGUUCAUGUGACGUAGGGAUUGGACAUAAAAAAAUAAAAAUACAGAGUCGAUUCAGAUGUUUCUUGAUGUCAUGUUUUCACCUUUAUAACCCAGAAUCUUUUGAGCAAACUCAUGCUUCUGUGCAGGAACUGGUUAUUUAUGUACUGAUUUUCAAGAAGGUAAAUAAUUUUUAUAAAACCGGAAUCAACUCUCAGUAUCUUCAGGAUGACUUUCAUAAAACAGCUUUAUGAGAAAUGUAGAAAGGCUCUGGAGAGAGCUCAACAUGUAGAGAGUAAAUUGUAAACAAUGUAAAUAGCUGCGACAUUUUAUUUUCAAAUGUGAAACCUUCUGGAAUAAUAGCACUUUUAUCGAGACUUUAACAAAUAAGAAAUGUUUGACACGAUACAUGUCUGAUCGUAGAAUAUACAGGUUUGAUUUGAUGAACGAUUUCUGUCCGAAAAAAAAAACUGAAAAUAAAAAACAAAACAGAUAUUGUCAUUUUAAUAGAAUUCAAUGAAAAUAUCGAGUCCAAAUUUCGUCUUUUUAUAAAACCUAAAUUUAAAAUGAAAUUCCAGAUUUACUUUUUAAAUCAUACGUAUUGUUUUGUGUUUUGCAUAAUGUGAUUAAAUCUGUUCUGUUUUGACCUGACGACAGCUUGACGCUCUGCGAUAUUGUUUGGUUUGUCGGUUAAAUGGUGGGAAACUGUCCAGAACACGUGCGUGUCCUCACUUGAGACGCGUCAACAGUCCGGUCACCUCACAAUGAGCUGCCAUUUGCACUUUCAUCACUGAUCAUCACACUGACGCGCUUGUAGACUCCCUGCGUCAUCACACGCGCGUGCUCGACAAACGCCGAGCGCUGACGGAGGAACGAGGACGAGCAUCCAAGUUCGGCUCCAGCUAACGGUUUAGCAUCCGGAGCAGUUCCGUGGACUCGGAGGUUUCAGAUUACAAGUCUGAAAAAAUGUCUUUCUCACUCAAAUGAGCCAAAUAAGAAAUGAAAGGAAGAAAUUUAAAUAUUAAUAUAAUAUCCUGUGGUAUUUUCGGUGGUAAAACAACUCCCAGUCGGUUUUCUAAAUGUUUCCCGCACUUCAACUUUGCCGGAUGGAAAUUUCUCAACUGUCCUGAACGCAACAUCGGUCAUUCCACCGUCACGGGUUUUCGAAAAUGUCAAUUCCAACUUGGCAGGUUCAGUCUCAGCGCCACUUUUCUAUGUUUUUUUAGUUUUUUCCAAACUUUCAAACACUCGUUUCAGUCCAAGCGCUGU